AUGACAGACUGGAUAUCACUGGGGGAGGUGCCGGACUCGGAAGACGAAGACGCGUUUGACAGCCAGGACUCGGGGACCAACCCUGAACAAACCACAACUCCCAUACGCGAAGCCUCAGCGACGAAGCCUCAUGAUAUUUGGGAUUUCCCCGAUUCAGAAAAUGCAGCAGAAGCUAUUCACCGUUUACCGAGUCCACGAGGCUCCCUCUGCUCCUCGCCUCUGUCGUCUGCGCAAAGCGUUGAUGGGAUGCUCGAGUUGGACGACAUGCUCUUGGACGGCCACAAGUUGAGUAGAGCGCCAGAGGCCUUGAGCAGAGAAUCAAGCAGCGGUAGCACCUCGCGAAUAGUUAUCGAAUUGAAAAGUCGACCGUCGACGCCAAUCGGCGGCACACCGUCCAACCACGCCUCCCCUCCCGCCAUCGCCCAAGACAUAGCUUUGCCAAGCCAAGAGCUAGGUCUGCUAGAAACCACGCAGGACCUGCAGCGCGAAGCGGUGCGACUGGAACGAUCACUUCGACCGCGAAAACCUAUCCAAGAACAUCCGUAUCUUCUGGAGAAUGCGCAAUACAGCAGCCUUAUUCGACAACAUGGCAUGCGCCCCGUUCAGAUGGUGGCCGCUCGUGCCAAGGCUGCACAAGACGGAAACGACGAGUUUGAAGACGAUAGUCAGGGAAACCCUUUUCCAGAACCGAAUAGUUGGAGUCAACUGCCCAAUAUCAACGAAAUGAAUGAGGACCGAGACAUCGACAUGUUUGACUUCCCUUCCUCCUCACCGCCUAAGACAUCGCCAUGGAUCAGCCACCAACAGAAUAGCAACCGCGGGAGCUCCCAAGACGACACGGAUGAUACUAGUCAGUGGGGGUGGCGGCGCAGUGGAAGCAUCAUCGGUACAAUCUUUGACUUUUUUGGCUCCCAGAAUCUGGAGCAUCUACGCAACGAGGAAGUCAACGCCUCCCCGAAAUUCCUGGAGAGCCUGGCUGAACACCCUUCUCUGACGAUCGAGCCAGGAGACCAGUGCUUCCACCUCUUUCUCAAGUUGCUCGCACUCAGCAUACAGAAGCUUCGCGCUGCCGGUGCUAUCAACGAUAUUCGCAACCUCGUUGCCCGGAUUAUUCCUAACCACAACCGACAGCAUUUGAAGGAACAGACAGUACACGAACGGGAUCUGGCGGCUCUCAGAAAUCAUCAUGAUCUGUUGGCAACCCUUUAUUGGGCUGCUCCGCCGGACAUGAGACCACCGCCUGCUCUUAUUGAGCGGCUUGUGGCUCCAGAGACUUCACACAAGGAAGCAAGCUUGAUCAAUAUUCGCUGCUGGAACCAACUUUCGCGAUUCGUUGUGGCAAAGGGCGAGGCGGCAACAGCCUUCAAACCGUUCCAUGCAUGGCGCAACGCGUUUUUCCAAAAGAUGGUACAACAGUUCGAUUCUGCCGCGGCAGACAUUCAGCAGCAGCUUUUCGCACUACCAAGCGAAGUACGCCACACCGUUAGCGAAGACGUGAUCAGUUCUAUGAUUUCGAUGAACAAGGAAGCGGUUGGCGAUGUGCUCCGAGCUAGCAUAGCCGCGUCGUUGGAUGUCAUGAAACAUGCUGUUGACCUGGAGGCAGCGACAUUUUGUCUGAAUACAUUGCAGCUCCAGCACAUAUACUACCAAUUUGGUAUCUACCCGCCCGAGCUGAACUGGAACACGCUACGAGGAGCCGUCUCUACUCUUGAUUUAUUCGUGGGCUAUGUUACAGAAUUCAAGGAAAACGAAGAAACCCAACAGAGCGAAAGCCAAAUUCUCAAUUCCGCUCAAGCAGAUGAUGCCCUUCUGCAGUUGGAUCGCGAAGUCUCAAAGAAGUUCUUUCACAUGGUACGAUGCAUCUUGUCCAACAGUGCACCAGACCGCGGCUCGACAGAACCCUACGACUUCGGAGGCAUCGAGCAAGCUGUUGACGUAGCGGUCCGGCUUGCGGCAAGUUUCAUCAGCGGUGGUCUGAUCAAACUGCAAGAUCUUUUCAAACGCGGGAAAUACGGACUGUUUGAUGGCCCCAUCCAUAAGAUGGACUUUGAUCGAAGACAGUAUCUCGUAUUGGCGGUGGUCAUACUCCUGAAGGCUAGCAUCGACAACUUUGCGGAUGUGGACUUCACCUUGUGUGAGCUCUGGUUGCUUGUGCUCAUCAGACCGAGCCGUGGCCCCAACCGCGAGAAGCAACUGGUCGAUAAGUAUGAGAAGCGACUGGCCGACGUUUUGCGUCAACGUGGCGAAUAUUUUCUUCCGCCCGCCGACAUUGGACAGACGAGCGCCGAGAAAUACGAACGAAACGCCACGCUGUUUGAAUUUGCGAUAUCUGCCAUGCGUGGCACGACCCGUGACGCCGAGGCGAGUCUGAAGCGGAGUUUGACAGCGGAGCAUUCCAGGGCUCUCAAACUUGUCAUGGAGCAGAUGAAGGAUGACUUGAGAGCGACAUCCUCGCGGCCAGCUACCCACGUUGCCUACGUCGCAUUCGCCCGACGUAUAGUCUCCCUCAUUCGUACUCAUGGCUCUGAGAUUUGCGCAAUUGACGGCUUCUACUACCAGAUCAGCAAGGACUAUUCCCCAUCUGUUGGAGACCCUCAGCUGCAAAUUGCUGCCAUGGUGUCGUAUGGCUUACGCCUGCGUGAAGACGACCCGAAGGUCGUUCAACAAGUCUUCUUCUUCCUGUUCAACAAUUUCAAACUGGCACUGGCAUCCGACGACCUGCAGGAGGAGCAGAAAAAAUUACGGAAAGGAAUGGCCCAAGACCGUGGGAUCACGCAAUUUAUUAUUGGAAAGAUGCUGCCUGCCAUACUUGAAGCCACGGCUUCCAAGGCGGUUGCCUACCCUCUCAUGGACCUAUAUGUGUGGGUGGCAGCGAGAAGGCUGAGCCGAUUUCCCAUGACAUAUCGAUUGACUGACGCAGACCUUUUUGGAGUCAAGGCCGUAUUGCAAGCCGUUCUGAAGGGAAUAGAUGAAUGGAUCGUGGGACGAGCACCACUCACAGCCAAGGGACUACACAUUUUCCGAACUUUUUUCGCAGCAAUCAACUUGCUCUGGCCUUCCAUCUACGAAUAUUCAUUGGGCCAAGAUGGACUGCUUGAGCCCCGGAGCGACAUAAUGGAGCUUAUCGAGAUGCUUAACCAGUAUGUCAUCGCCGGCAAGGACGUUCUAGCCCAAGAAGGCUUUCGGAGCUCCCGGAUGCGAUUCGACGAGAUUUUCGCUGCUGCGCCAGUCAACGGCGCGCCAAAUAGCGCUGUGACAGACGAGGAUGUUCGAGGGUUCGCGGACAACAUCAGGCAGGAUGUUGACCGCAGCUGGUUCGAGGCGGAAGGGCGUAUCUCCAUUCAAAUGCCCGGAAAGCCACGGGGCGGAGGCGCCCUGCAAGGUGUUUUGCAACCGAAAUGGAAUGAGCCUGCACUCAUUGAAGGCGUCAUUGGGCAGCUUUCUGAGUGGCUGCGGUGGAAGAAAAAGAUGGACUUGGGGAAAAAUGCUCCAGAAGGGUCGUGGCUUGAGACGCCAAUGUUUUAA